AAAGUGACAUUAAGGUGGUGUAGCUGGCGUUUCAGGAGUUCAAGAAGCUCUUUUGUGUAUUUUUAUUGUGGCAGGUAACGUUUAAGCGUCGUCGUGGUCAGAAAAGGUUAAUCUCAGUCUUUCAGUUCAUAACGUGGACACUGCGAUGUAAAUACGCCCCGGAAUCUGUUCCGACGAGUCGCUCAGUGAAUCAGACACGGAGGGGAAAAUGGCCUCUUCCAGAGCGCUGCUGUCUCUCUCCAGACCUCUUCAGACAGUGUGGAGUGGACGGCUGGGAAGCACAGUGAAGGUUUUUGGAGCGGUGGUCCCCAGUCGAAGAGAGAAAUCUGCAUACACAGGACAAAGCAUUCCUCCUCCUGCCAGGUAUGGUGGCAGACACACCGUCACACUUAUUCCAGGGGAUGGGAUUGGCCCAGAGCUGCUCAACCACGUCCGUGAACUCUUCAGGUUCAGCUGUGUUCCUGUGGACUUUGAGGUGGUAAAUGUCAACUCUUCUUUAACUAAUGAGGAUGACAUCAACAAUGCCAUCACUGCCAUUCGCCGUAAUGGAGUUGCACUCAAGGGUAACAUUGAGACAAACCACACACUGCCCCCUUCACACAAGUCAAGGAACAAUCUUCUCCGCACCAGUCUAGACUUGUAUGCCAAUGUGAUGCACUGCCAGUCUCUCCCCGGAGUGCAGACACGCCACAAGAACAUUGACAUCAUCAUCAUCAGAGAGAACACGGAGGGCGAGUACAGCAGCCUGGAACAUGAGAGUGUACCUGGUGUGGUAGAAUCUUUGAAGAUCAUCACACGAAACAACUCUCUGCGUAUUGCCGAUUAUGCCUUCAGGCUGGCCAGGGAGAAGGGACGACGCAGAGUCACAGCUGUGCACAAGGCCAACAUCAUGAAACUAGCUGAUGGGCUCUUCCUCCAGUGCUGUAAGGAAGUGGCCUCUGGAUACCCUGACGUUGCCUUUGACAGCAUGAUUGUGGAUAACACCACCAUGCAGCUUGUUUCCAAGCCCCACCAGUUUGACGUCAUGGUGAUGCCCAAUCUCUAUGGUAACGUCGUCAGCAAUGUGUGCGCUGGUCUGGUGGGAGGACCUGGACUGGUACCUGGAGCCAACUACGGGCGUGAUUAUGCUGUAUUUGAAACAGCCACUAGGAACACUGGAAAGAGCAUUGCUGGCCGGAACAUUGCCAACCCCACUGCAAUGCUUUUGGCCAGUUGUCUCAUGUUGGACCACCUGAAACUUCACGACUAUGCUACUAUGAUCCGUAACGCCAUUCACACCACCAUGAAUGAGACUCAGUUGCAUACAGCAGACAUUGGGGGGCAGGGCACUACCUCAGAAGUUGUUCAGUCCAUCAUGAGACACAUCCAGAGUGGUGGACCUCUCACCACAGAGCUGUGAACCAGUAAUUCAACACCAUUCCAACUUCACACGGUGGUGUGGCUUCUUAAGGACAUCAGCACUUCACUCUUAGCUUCUUCCAGAUGAACUCUGAGCUUUUAACAUUAAGCCAGCCAUUCAAAUGUAUGUGGAAUUUGAAAGAGGAUCAAAAUAUCUUCAUACCAUUUACAUUUGAGCACAGGGUGUGGUAGAAAACUCGAGUUGACCUGGAUGCCAAGGUGCUGGGCUGCGUGCUCUGCUCAGUUUGGUUUUCAUCUUGGGUCACCUGAUUGCUUAUCGAAUGACUCAUCUAUACAGUUAUGUUUUUAUCUGUUAACAUAGUAUUUAUUCUGAGGACCCUGUAUUUAAAAUAUGCAGUCCAUGGUUAACAUGCAUCCAGUUAUACCAACAAGACAUUCAGUAUUUAGAUACAUAUGGGGCAAGACAUAUUACUAGUAUAUCCAAUUGCUCACCACUCUAGUCAGGAAGCCAGAAGUGAAUGCAUAAUAAUUUGAUAAUUGAGCUUAUUUCACUGGUACCUGACUGCUGCAGUGAAUACAUGCAUUUAAGUCAAAUUCUCAGUAUAGAUCUCCCUCAAGUGACCUUAUUGUUUAUUGUAUUCGACUUGGGUGUUUUUCUUUCUUGCUCAAAUAUGCCAUAUAAAUAAUUAUUCAUCUGUCAUACUGUAACUAUUCCAGCAUAAACCUUUUGACCUGAUUGUAUUUGCAGUGUCAUGCACUGAGUUUGACGGUUCUACACACAUCCUAUGUGGAUCGAGAUACUGUUAAUAAAAUGGUUCCUGAACUCA